CCCUCUUCUCCCAUGUUAACUAUCUCUACUUCCUCUCUUGCUGAAAGCUCUUCUCUUUUGGCAGUUCCCGAUGUUUCCUCAACUGGAGAUUAACCCUUAUCAGAUUGGUAGCACCCUUGGUGAAGACCAUGUCUCUGCCUCCGCAUCUCGCAUUCCUUAUAUAGACGAAAUCGCCAAUCAUCCUGAGUCUAUCUACGCUGCCUCCGGUUUGAUUCCCGACGGCUCUCAGUUACUAGAUUCCCCCGCACCGGAAGGAGCUAAUCAGCUGACGGUCUCGUACCGUGGUCAAGUUUACGUUUUUGAUUCUGUGGGUCCUGAAAAGGUCGAUGCUGUGUUGUUGCUUUUGGGUGGUUCUACUGCUGCUCCACAGGGGAUGGAGAUAGCUCAACAGAAUCAUCAUAUGCCUGUUGUGGAACAUCAGAGCCGGUGUAGCCAUCCGCAUCGGGCACAGUCCUUGGAUAGGUUUCGGAAGAAGAGGAGUGCUAGAUGUUUUGCGAACCAAGUAAGAUAUGGUGUUCGCCAGGAAGUGGCUUUAAGAAUGCCACGUAAUAAAGGUCAAUUCUCCUCUGCAACGACGGCUGAUGGGGCUUAUAACUCGGGCACAGACCAAGAUAACGCACAUGAUGAUGGUCGUCCAGAGUUAUCGUGUACUCAUUGCGGCGUUAGUUCCACAUGUACACCGAUGAUGCGACGUGGACCUUCAGGCCCCAGAACUCUCUGCAAUGCAUGUGGACUCUUUUGGGUUUCCAGGGGUACAUUGAGGGAUCUCUCAAAGAAAACAGAAGAUAAUCAGGUGGCAAUGAUAGAACCUGGAGAGCUUGGGAGUGAUGCCGAUGCUAACAACUCGAACUAUUAACCUGCAACGGUCGAAGAACACUUUGCCUUGUUUUCUCUUGCUAAUGGGGAUAACUCUAAUAUGUUAGGUGAUCACUAGAUGAUGUGAUAAGAAUCAGAAGAUAGAAGAAACUCUUAUAGUAUUAGUUGCUCUUCUCUAUGAAUGUAUCUUCUCAUCAUCACAUAUAUUAUAGAAACCUAAACCGAA